GUUGGUGGUAUUUGUUGCUGCGCCGCCACCGCCCGAACCAUGGUCCGCUCUCCUCUCGGGCUCUCUUAGUAGCAGCAGCCGCCGCCACCCUGUGAUCACUGGCUUCACUUUCUCCUCUUCUUCCUUCUGUGCCACUUGCUUCCCGGCGCUAUGACCGUCGUUUCCGUCCCGCAACGGGAGCCGCUUGUCCUGGGCGGCCGCCUUGCACCCCUGGGCUUUUCCGCCCGUGGUUACUUCGGGGCCCUGCCGAUGGUGACCACGGCCCCGCCGCCUUUACCCCGGAUCCCGGACCCCCGGGCACUGCCGCCGACCCUCUUUUUCCCUCACUUCCUCGGGGGAGAUGGUCCCUGUCUGACUCCUCAGCGUCGCGCUACAGCUCCUUUGACUAACUGCAGCCUCGCUACGGCGGGGGGCACUCCUCGGGCAGCGCCAAAGAAGCGGAGAAAGAAGAAGGUGCGGGCCAGCCCGGCGGGGCAGCUUCCCAGCCGCUUCCACCAGUACCAGCAGCACCGGCCGAGUCUGGGGGGCGGUCGGAGCCCCCCGACCGGCCAGAGCGGAGCGCAUGAGGUCCCGGGCCAGGCCGCCGCCUCGGCCCCGGCCCCUGCGGCCGCAGCCCGAACUGAGGAAACGAGUCCUGUCCUUGGCCCGUUGCCGCCCGGUCAACCCUCGCUCAGGAAUGAGGUUUUAAAAUCAAAGAUGGGAAAAUCGGAGAAAAUUGCCAUUCCCCACGGCCAGCUUGUUCAUGGUAUACACUUGUAUGAACAACCAAAGAUAAACAGACAGAAAAACAAAUAUAAUUUGCCACUAACCAAGAUCACCUCUGCAAAAAGAAAUGAAAAUAACUUUUGGCAGGAUUCUUUUUCAUCUGAUAUAAUUCAGAAGCAGGAAAAAAAGCCUUUUAAAAAUACUGAGAACAUUAAAAGUAUGCAUUUGAAGAAAUCAGCAUUUCUAACUGAAGUGAGCCAAAAGGAAAAUUAUGCGGGAGCAAAGUUUAGUGAUCCACCUUCACCUAGCGUUCUUCCAAAGCCACCUAGUCACUGGAUGGGAAGCACUGUUGAAAAUUCCAACCAAAAUAGGGAGCUGAUGGCAGUACACUUAAAAACUCUCCUAAAAGUUCAAACUUAAUAGUUCAGAUUUGAGUAUGUAUGUAAAACAUAGUUUUUCCAAAAUCCUUGGACACUUUAAAAGAAAAAUGGGUGCAGAAAUGGAAGUUUGCCUUGUUGCCAUAUACAAGUGCAAAAGAUGAGUUUAAAAAUUUACGUACAGCUUGUAUUAUAUUUUAUACUUUGUAAAUACUGUACACCAUGUAUUAUGUGUAUAUUGUUCAUACUUGAGAGGUACAUUAUAGUUUUGUUAUGAAAGUAUGUAUUUUGCCCUGCCCAAAUGGGUAGAUGUUUUGUAUAUAUCAAAUGGAGAAAUUUUAAGUGUGUGUCAAGGCACAUGGAAGAUCAUUUUAUUUGCACAAGGUACUGAGAUUUUUUUCAACAAACAGCUAUCUAAUCUCAAAGUGAAUAUCUAAAUGUGAACUAAUGCACUACUGAAAUUUUAAAUUUGUGGCACAAUCAUUGUGAACAUGGGAUUUGUGUUUCUCUAAAUUGAUUUCUGCCUUCUAAUCUGUAAUUACUAGAAAACUCCUGUUCCCAUUUUUACCAAACUUAAUUUGUUUUUAUUUAUAUCCAUUAUUCAAAUUUAAAAUACUUUUAAUUUUAAUGCCAACAAAAUCGGUUGUAAUCAAAUUUUAAAAUAAUAAUAAUUUGGCCCCCCCUCUUAAA